CUCCAUUCUCCCCUCUACCAAAACCCUAAACCCUGGAUGCGGACGCCAUUCUCUCCUUCUUUUCCUUCUGUUCUCCUUCUGGUUGUUGUUGUAGCAGAACGAAGCUCAACAAGAAUGGGGAUUUUCGAACCAUUCAGAGCAAUUGGAUAUAUUACGAGCAACGUCCCCAUCUCUGUACAGAGACUCGGCACCGAGACCUUCGUCACCGUCAGCAUCGGCAAAGCUUUCCAGAUUUACAACUGCGCCAAGCUCAAUUUGGUUCUCGUUGGCCCUCAACUACCAAAGAAGAUACGAGCUCUUGCUUCUUACCGUGACUACACAUUUGCUGCCUAUGGAAAUGACAUUGCAGUUGUCAAGCGUGCUCAUCAGGUGGCUACUUGGAGCAAGCAUAGCGCUAAGGUUAACCACUUGCUACUUUUCGGUGACCACAUCUUAAGUGUUGAUGUUGAAGGUAAUAUCUACACAUGGAACUUCAAAGGAAUAGAUGAGAACGUUGCUCCAGUUGGACACAUGUUGCUAGACGGCACAUUCACACCUAGCUGCAUAAUGCAUCCAGAUACUUAUUUAAACAAGGUUAUUGUUGGAAGUCAAGAAGGUACUCUGCAACUUUGGAACAUUAGCACAAAGAAAAAAGUAUAUGAGUUCAAUAGGUGGAAGUCUUCUAUAAAUUGCUGUAUAUCAUCGCCAGCACUAGAUGUUGUUGCUGUGGGAUGCACUGAUGGGAAAAUUCAUGUCCAUAAUAUUCGUUAUGAUGAAGAAAUUGUUACAUUUACUCAUUCUACACGGGGUUCUGUUACUGCACUAUCUUUUAGCACUGAUGGGCAGCCCCUUUUAGCAUCUGGAGGUUCAUCGGGUGUAAUCAGUAUAUGGAACCUUGAGAAGAGAAGGCUGCAGUCUGUCAUUAGAGAGGCCCAUGAUUGCGCUAUAGUGUCACUUCAUUUCUUUGCUAAUGAGCCCGUACUGCUGAGUUCAUCUGCUGACAAUUCAAUAAAAAUGUGGAUUUUUGAUACUACUGAUGGUGAUCCCCGCUUACUGCGCUUUAGAAGUGGUCACAGUGCUCCCCCUUUAUGUAUCAAGUAUUAUGCCAAUGGGCGACAUAUUCUAUCUGCUGGUCAAGAUCGUGCCUUCCGUCUUUUCUCUGUUAUUCAGGAUCAGCAAAGUAGAGAGCUUUCUCAGCGACAUGUGACCAAAAGAGCAAAAAAACUCAAAUUGAAGGAAGAAGAGAUAAAAUUAAAGCCUGUUAUUGCAUUUGAUGUUGCUGAAAUUAGGGAACGUGAUUGGUGCAAUGUGGUUACAUGUCACAUGGACACCACUCAAGCAUAUGUAUGGAGGCUACAAAAUUUUGUUCUUGGUGAGCAUAUCCUUAGUCCAUGCCCUGAAAACCCAACACCAGUCAAAGCAUGUGCAAUUAGUGCAUGUGGCAAUUUUGCAGUUUUAGGGACAGCUGGUGGUUGGAUUGAGCGAUUUAAUCUUCAGUCUGGAAUCAGCCGUGGUAGAUAUGGUGACAUAUCAGAAGGGAAUAACUAUGCUCAUGAUGGAGAAGUGAUUGGAAUAGCUUGUGAUUCCACAAAUACCAUUAUGAUUAGUGCGGGAUAUCAUGGGGAUGUGAAAGUCUGGGACUUCAAAGGACGCGAGUUGAAGUCUAGAUGGGACAUAGGUUGUUCUCUAGUGAAGAUUGUUUAUCAUCGAUCCAAUGGUCUUUUGGCAACUGUGGCAGAUGACUUAGUUAUCCGUUUGUUUGAUGUUAUUGCACUGCGGAUGGUUCGAAAAUUUGAGGGUCAUACAGACCGCAUUACAGACAUGUGCUUUAGUGAGGAUGGGAAAUGGCUUUUGACAUCCAGCAUGGAUGGAACUCUUAGAAUUUGGGAUAUUAUCUUAGCUAGACAAAUUGAUGCCAUACAAGUUGAUAUCUGUAUAACUGCAUUAUCUCUUUCGCCUAACAUGGAUGUCCUAGCCACCACUCAUGUUGAUCAAAAUGGUGUCUAUCUAUGGGUCAAUCAGGCCAUGUUCUCUGGAGCUGCUAAUUUUGAAUCAUAUGGAAGUGGGAAACAAAUUGUGAGUGUUAAGAUGCCAUCAGUUUCCUCAGAGGAAGGUUCUCAAAAUGAUGGUGAUAGAGCCACUGUAAAGUCUCAAGAUGUUCUUGACACUUCUCACUUUGCAGCUUCUGAUCAGCAAAUUCCAGAUCUAGUCACACUCUCACUAUUGCCAAAGAGUCAGUGGCAAAGCUUAAUCAAUUUGGACAUCAUAAAGGAGCGGAACAAACCAAUUGAGCCUCCAAAGAAACCGGAGAAGGCUCCAUUUUUCUUACCUUCAAUUCCUUCCCUCUCUGGGGAAAUUUUAUUUAAACCCGGUGACAUUGCUGAGGAGAAGAAUGCACAGGAUGGUGAAAAGGAGGAGAAUUGGAGAAAAUCUAAUCUGCCACUUUCCCAAUUCUUGCAAAUUCUUCAGUCAUCCGUGAAGAGUCAAAAUUUUGCAGCAUUCACUGAUUAUAUUAAAACCUUGUCCCCUUCGACGUUGGAUAUGGAAAUGCGAGUGCUCCAACUCAUCGAUGAUGACAAUGAACAAGAUCUUGAAAACAGACAGGAAUUGUAUUUCAUUGGACUGCUGAUGGAUUAUUUCAUACAUGAGAUUUCAUGCAGGAACAACUUUGAGUUUAUACAGGCUCUUAUUAGACUAUUUUUGAAGAUUCACGGUGAAGCAAUUCGACGCCAACCAAAGUUGCAGGUCAAGGCACAAGAACUUCUAGAAAUUCAGACAGAUGUUUGGCAACGAGUUGAUAAGCUGUUCCAGAGUGCCAGAUGCAUGGUCACAUUUCUUAGUAAUUCACAAUUUUGAUUAACUAGUUGCUCCACCAACUUAAUUCAGGUUUUGUUUUUGGCGUUUUUCUGGGUGCCAUUGUAAUUUGUAUUGGUUUUGCAAGCUUAAGCUUGUUAAGAGCAUUAUAGCAAAGCAAGAUAUCUUUAUUACUU